AUGGCGGAGAGGUUUCAGCCAUCACAGGAACUUGAAGCGAAGCAAUUAUUGCAUGAUUUACUGACAGAUAAUGCCAACAUGAGUGAAUUCUAUAUGCAUGAUUGCGAUGACGUACGGAGAAUAUAUCAGAUUCUCAAGGACUUCUCCUACGUUUCUACCCCAGGACGUUAUAUUGCCGACGGCGCACCAGGCCUUGCAAAGCUUAUUCCCGACCAACUGAAAUGGUGGCGUCGAUCUCUCCAGCCGAUGCUAGCUCGGCAAAAGACCAUUUGGAUGAGUUUCUGGUCUCGCUUACAAAAACAGCUAGAAACGGGGGAUGCGCCCCAGUGUUUUGUCAAGCAAUUCAUCCAGUCAGAAUAUCAUAAUCUAGGAUUUACAGAUGUCCAAGCGGCAUUUUUGGCAGGGUCGCUAAUAGAAGCCGGCGCGGAAUCCACUUCGGCAGCAAUGAAUAGUUGCAUUCUUUAUCUCUCAGGAUAUCCUGAGGUUCAGCAACGUGCGCACGAGGAACUUGAUUCAGUGGUGGGCAGUUCUCGCUCUCCCAGGUUCAGUGACAUGGAACAGCUCCCCUACGUACGAGCUAUCGUCAAGGAGAUUCUCCGUAUCCGCCCUCUCGCCAGCAUGGGUAUACCGCAUUAUGCGACGGCUGAUGUCACUUAUAAGGGAUUUACGAUUCCCAAGGGUAGCGUUAUCGCUAUACAGCAAUAUGCUAUCCAUCAAGAUCCAUCCAUGUUUCCGGAGCCAGAAAAAUUCAUGCCGGAACGAUACCUUGGCCAUCCUUACAGAUCUGGUUUUUAUGCAGCCUCGGCAAAUCCACGUGAGCGUGACCACUGGAACUUUGGGGCCGGCCGGCGUAUUUGUCCCGGUAUGUAUCUUGCUGAAAAUAGUCUUUUCAUCACGAUUGCCAAGAUAUUAUGGGCAUUUCAGGUGAUGGCACCUGAGAAGGUGGACUUGUCAGAUGAUGCGUAUGAGCCUGGCUCGAUCACCGUUCCAAAGCCUUUCUUCGCGCAAUUUAUCCCACGCAGCGCAGCCAUUGAAAGAGUUUUGGAGAUGGAAUGGCACAACGCAGAGCUUGAAAUGCAUACAUCCUGA